AUGGCAAACUCAACCAACAAGCCCCGCGUUAUUCUGGGUCUGAUGACCUUUGGGCCACCCGGGUCCGAACCUAAUGGUGCUCGCAUCACCUCUCUCAGCGACUUCAAGGCAUGCCUCGAUUACUUCCAGGGCGAGGGCUACGCCGAGAUCGACACCGCCCGCAUCUACGUCGAUGGCAAGCAAGAGGCCUUCACGCGUGAGGCCGAGUGGCAGCAGCGCGGCCUGAAGGUAGCCACUAAGGUCUACCCUCGCGAGCCAGGUUUCCAUACCGCUGCCAAGCUCAGAAGCAUAUUCGAGACGUCGCUAAAGGAAUUAGGCGCCGAUUCCAUCGACAUCUUUUAUUUGCAUGCGCCUGACCGCUCCGUGCCCUUUGCUGAAACCCUGGAGGCCGUCAACGACCUGUACAACGAGGGCAAGUUCCGCCAGCUCGGUCUGUCCAACUAUGCGGCGUGGGAAGUCUCGGAGCUAUGGAACAUUGCCAACGAGAGGGGAUACGUGAAACCUACUGUUUACCAGGCCAUGUACAAUGCCAUCACGAGAGAUAUUGACACUGAGCUGGUUCCCUGCUGCCGCAAAUACGGCAUCACCAUCAUUGCCUACAAUCCACUGGCCGGUGGCGUCCUUUCGGGGAAAUACAAGUCAACCGACAUUCCCAGCGAAGGGCGAUUCUCCAGUAUCAACGACAGGCAGGGCCAGUUGUACCGCGACCGCUUCUUCAAGGACUCGACCUUCGAGGCUUUGCGAUAUAUCGAACCUGUGGUGCAGAAACAUAACCUUACUUUGGUGGAGGUCGCAUUCCGAUGGGUGAUUCACCACGGCCUGCUCAAGUUUAACGGCGUUGGCGAGGGCAGCAACGAUGGUAUUUUGGUCGGAGUAAGCAGCCUACAACAGCUCAAGGAUAACUUGGACAAUAUCUACAAGGGGCCACUGCCAGAGGAAGUGGUUCAGACUUUGGAUGAGGCGUGGAUAAACAUCACCAAGGCCACCUCUGCGACUUACUGGCGGUGA